AUGCAGACUCCUAAGAGGCGCGAUGGGAGAGUCAUCAUCCAUUUCGAUCAAGAUUGCUUCUAUGCCGCUGUCUUCGAAAAGGAAGGAAAUCCGGCUUGGAAAUUUCUGCCCCUGGCUGUACAACAGAAGCAAAUCAUCGUCACCUGCAACUAUGAAGCUCGACGAAGAGGCCUUUACAAGCUACAGCUUGUGCAGGAAGCCAAGAAAAUGUGCCCCGAUAUGAUACUAGUCCUCGGCGAAGACUUGACUCGCUUCCGGAAUGCAUCCAAAGAUAACUACAAUUUCUUGAGAGGCUACAGUUGGAGUAAUAAGGUCGAGAGGCUCGGCUUCGACGAAGUUUUUAUGGAUGUCACUGAUCUUGUCGACUACAACUCUGCCCUUCUCAAUCACAAUGACUUGACCACUUCUUUCUUUCACCUGGAUCAUAAUGAUCCAACCGUUGGUUUCCCGUUUGAUGCAUCGCGCGUAUUUGGUCAUACCUUCCCUGCAGCUUCAACGAUUCCAGCAUCCGGGAUUGUCUCCGCAAAUAAUUCUUCUUCCAAUGAAUCAGUCGAUCUUUUGCUCCGUCUGCGUCUCGGAUCUUAUCUUGCUUGGCACUUGAGGUACCAAUUGGAGGAGCAACAGGGUUACACUUGUACAGUCGGCAUCGGCACCAACAAGCUCAUAUCAAAAUUGGUAGGCAAUCUCAAUAAGCCAAAGGGUCAGACGACUCUUCUUCCGCCCUAUAACCCUGAUCAUAGAGAUGGUAGGAGCAAUGUGAUUGAUUUCAUUGACGGUCAUGACAUUGGUAAAAUACCCGGCAUUGGCUUCAAAAUUGCUCAAAAGAUCAGAAAACACGUGUUAGGACGUCCAGCGGCCUUUGAUGCUGGCCUUGUCUAUGGUGGUACCAUGGAGAAUGUACAUGUGCGAGAUGUCCGCAUACUUGAAGGUAUGGGACCGGAACCACUGGGCCGAUUGCUUGCUGGUCCGGGCGUCCCACGAGACUUGGGAGAUAAGGUCUGGGGUUUGCUCCAUGGCGUCGAUGACACGGAGGUAGCGAAAGCCAAAGAAGUGCCCCAGCAAAUUAGCAUUGAAGACAGCUACAUCAGGCUAGACGACAUUGAGCAGGUCAAAAAAGAAUUGAAAAUGCUGUCUGUCAGUCUCAUCAAACGAAUGCGCCUGGACCUGACUUCUUUGGUGGAUGAGAGAGAUAUUGGUAUAGCCCUCGAAAGAGAAGAAGAAGGCCUUGCCCGUGAUACCAAGGCCACUGCAUCCCGAAGGUGGAUUGCCCAUCCCAAUACAUUACGACUCUCCACUCGCCCUCGGCCGCCUCUCAAUCCUGACGGAACACGUUCAAGGAACCUCACUCGCAUAUCCAAAUCUAGCUCCAUGCCAUCGUUCGUGCAAAGUCUUGCCCAGGAUAUCACCGUCCUGGCCGAAAAAUUUGUUGAAGAAGCCGUGUUGCCCUUGUUCCGAAAGCUACAUCCAGAAAAAUCAGGCUGGAAUCUCAGUCUGCUCAACCUUUGCGCAACAAACAUGUCCAUGGUUGCAAGUGAGGGAAAGGCCAGCGCUGGUAGGGACAUUGGAAGGAUGCUUAGAAGACAGGAAGAUGUGCUCAAGGAUUGGAAGAUUGCUGAUGUGGAUGUCGCGCCUUCUGACGAUGAGCCGGAGGAUCGCCAGAUAAAGCAAGACGGCAUUGGUCAGUUUGAGCGUGAAAUUUCCAGUCAUUACCCUCCGGAUCACGCUGGUCUUAGGACCGACCACGCCCUCCUAUCUACGCAAGGAAGCUCUCUUGCCGAUGAGGCAUGGGAUAGCGAGGGUGAUGAGAAUGACCAGGGAGACAAGUGCCAAGCAUGUGGUGCAACCCUGCCGUCUUUCGCUAUGGGUGCCCACGAGCGCUUCCAUUCCUUGUCCGGUUGA